AUGAGCUCCGGUGUUAUAAGGGUGGCUUUUCUAGGGCCAGAAGGUAGUUUCUGUCACCAAGCAGCACUACAGCAAUUCUCCAAAAUUUCAAAUUCUCACAAGAUCCAAUAUUGUCCACAAACCUCUAUUGCAAAUUGUUUUAGUAGCAUUGAUUCGAAAAAUGUUAAUUAUUCUGUGAUUCCUUUUGAGAAUUCCACCAACGGCUUAGUGGCUUUCACUUAUGAUUUACUAAGAAACCAUUUUUUCAAAACCUCCCUCAAUGUGAAAAGUUCAAAUAACAAUAGGAAUUCUCCAAAUUUUGAGGUCAUCGGUGAACAAUAUGUGUCAAUUCAUCAUAAUUUGCUCAGCACAGCCAGUUCUUUAGGAUCGAUCACGAAGAUAUAUUCUCACCCACAAGUUUGGUCUCAGUGCUCAAAUUUCUUUGGCAGCGGGAAGUUGAGCCCCACGGUUGUGAAAGUCGAUAGCAGCUCAACCUCUAGAGCAGCACAGCUAGUGACUGAGGAUAUCAAGAAUGGAAUUACUACCACCGCUGCAAUUUGUAGCGUAACUGCGAGUGAAAUAUAUGGAUUGAAACCAAUUCUAACGAACAUCGAAGAUGAUAAUAAUAAUACUACAAGGUUUUUGGUAUUGGCUGACAAAGACGAAAAAUCUUAUCUCAAUGAAAUAAUCAAAGAAACAGAAAAAAAUGAUCUUGAAAAAAAUCCUCUGAAACCUUACGUCACUCUCGUUGGAAUUACCGUUCAUAAUGAAAAUACAGGCGUUUUGUGUGAUGUUCUUUCAUACUUCAAACAAUAUAACAUCAAUCUUUCAACAAUUAAUACACGCCCUUCUCAAUUGGUGAAAUGGCAAUAUAUCUUCUUCAUUGAAUUUUGGGGGAAUCCGAGAGAUGAGCAUGUGGUAAAAUGCUUAGAUUCAAUUAAAAAAAUUUCUGAAGAUUUGAAAAUCUUGGGUUCAUUUGCAAGAGAUGAUAUGUACUAUGACAAUAAGGUUGAUGUUAACGACACUAUGCUUUGA